AUGUAUCUAGGUAUCGAGGGUGGCAGAGGUACGAGGAACAAAGCAGCCUGUGGACGCGACCUCCAGAUUUGUGAAGUUCUCGCAGAGCCAGAACGAGAGCAGAGGGCGGGGCCGGUUCUGGCUGUUCCUCUGAGUAGCAAAACACGGGCUCGCAGACCCGCUCAUUCGACAACUCCUUUCUGA